AUGAGAACCAGAAGGUCGAAUCGCACAAAACGGUACACGCUCGAUCAAUACGACUUUCUUGAGUCUGGAGACGAGGAGCAGCCUCAGAAGAGCCGCAAAACUGCUGAAGACAAUGACGAUAAUUUCGAGGCAGCCGCCGAGGAGCGUAGCGCUGGAGAGGACGAGGAGGAAGAGGAAAACGAGGAUGAGGACGAGCAGAUGAACGACAGCGGCAGCGACGCAAGUGCAGCAGAGAAGCCGUCUCGCCAGCGCGCAAAAAGGACCAAGCAGCCGAAACAGACCAAGCAGAGCAGGCCAGUCGACGUGGGCGUCUUGGAAGUGACGGGAUAUCUCGAUGUCGAACUCGUCCCUCCAGAGGGCCAGCACAAGGGCUAUGUCGGGCCUUACGAUCGGGGCAUGCGCGGCAAGGCGCUGGCGAGGACCUUGUUUGGCCCUAAUCCCGAUCGCAUAAGCAUGGCCCUCGAGCUGCUGGAGCGCUGGAGCGGGUGGACGCUCCUCCCCCCAAAGGUGCCGCAAGAUGAGGAUGAGCCUACGGACAAGGGCUUCUGGAUUCCCGGCGGACUCGACAGGGAGGCUCGUCUUGCCGAGAAAUGGCACGUGCAGAUGAGCGCCGCUCUGCCGUCCGACAAUGUCUGGUUGGAGUUGAACCGGGAGGAGUCUGAGGCGUUUCGACUUCCCCAGCUUAGCAUGCCCAUGUUGACGGGCCCACGGGAGACACAGCUGGAGCUGUCGAUGGAGCCCGGGCGCUGCUAUUCCAUGUCGCAGAGCAACAUACCGUACGACCAAGACAAGGACGAAAACAAGGUGCAGAGCGGGUGGGUGCUGGAUGUGGGCGGCAUCGUCCUGGGCAUGGACUGGGCGCCUCGGCGAGACAAGAACCCCAAACAGCUGCUUGCUCUGGCAAUCAUACCCCAGUCCGACCAAGAGAUGUACAACUACGAGGAAGAGUCCGUAAAGCCCGGCUUCCAGAAGCAAGGCGUUGUUCAGAUCUGGGAGUUUCAGGGUAUCACGACGGACGAUGGGUUCAUCCGACCGUCAAGCGAGCCCGCGAUUCUUCGGAAGACGUUGUGCGUGGACUGUGGGAGGAUUAGGCGGGUCAGAUGGAGCCCGUCGCGCAAUCAUAUUGCGUUUCUCUGCGGCGAUGGCAGCGUAUACAUUGCCGAUGCUGGGGAUCUUGACGGCCAGGAAGAGAGCGUCUACUAUCAGCUACAUAGGCCACUUGCGGUCCUCAGUCUGGCUGAUGAGUACGCUAUAAAGGCAACUGCCAUGACCUGGGUCAACUGCAAUCGCAUGGCCGUCGGCUAUUCCGACGGCUCCAUCGCUCUCUGGUCGAUUUACCCUCAGUGUCUCCUGUCUCGGCACCCUGUCCAUCACAACGACAUCAUUGACAUGGCAUCGGGGUACCCGACCAUGCCAACUGUCAUUGUUUCACUCCCCGUCGGUGGCACUGCUCGAAUCCUUGACCUCCAAGCUCCGAGCUACGAAGUCACUGAAGCCCAAAGACCACUGGUGCAUACACAGCCGGGCCUCUUGGGCUACAGUGAUCAUCUACUGGGUUUCAUAUCCAUAUAUCCUUCCGCUAGUGCCCUGAACACGAUUAUUGGAUUUAUGCACCAUGCGCAUUUUCCCGUUUGCAGGAGGAUCUUCACUGGGGAUAGUUUCCUCACCUGCUUGGCCAUUGGGCGACUUCACCCCUAUCUACUCGUCGGCGCCAUGGACGGCUCUCUGUGGUGUUUUAACGCCCAGACGGAGGUCUUCAGCAAUCGGCAUGAGAUGACAGACAAGAUACGCAUCUUCCGGCACGAGCACCGGCCGGGAUAUUUGUUCCCUCCCAACUCUCCUGCGGCUGCUCGGGGUGUUUGUCGCGUCUCGCACGGCUAUGGAGUGGACAAGAAUCGGAACACGAAGCUGGAUGGCAAACAGACUGCGAAGAAGGGCAAGAAACUGCGAGCCAAGGAGCCAGCUGAGGCUCCUGAGGGCGAGCGAGAGGGCGAAGGAGAAGAGGACGAGGAGGAAGCUGGCGACACCGAUCCAUCUCGAGCUACGCUGCACGAGGCGCUGACACGACUUACUGCUAUUGAGUGGAAUCCAAAUCUGGACUAUGGAUGCUGGGCGGCGGUGGCCAUGGGGUCUGGCCUUGUACGAGUAAUUGAUCUGGGACUAGAGAAAUUCCCCGAAGCGGCAUGA